AUGGAUAUUCAUGACUACUCACUAAUUAAUCGGAAUCCUUCGAAUACUCGAAAUGGACGUCAGGAAAUUUCAUUUGGAGAAAACGGUGAAAGAAAUGGACCAUCAUCUUCUUCAGCGUCUAAAAAUACUUUGAGAACCUUUAUGAAAGAUGAUACAGAAAAUGAUACUUAUGGUGCUUCGAUGGUAAAUUUACCCUUGGCUAGGCAUGAGCCACGAAGUCGUACUCGCAAAUCUGAUCCGCUUCGUAUGCAUAAUUGUAAUGAUUGUUUACCACCUCUUGAAACUGAGCAGCAGUUCCGUGUUGCAGUUACAAAAUGUGCAAGAGGAGGCGAUUCUAUGGAACGUAUUUCUUCAAACGCUGGCACGGGAAUGGCACAAGAAGUACCAAAUCUAUCUCCUUUAAUCCUCAAAACCAAACCUAUCAUUAUAUCCUCAUCUCCAAUAAUGAAGGUUUACUCGUUCGCGAAAGAAAAACGUCGAAAAACUGCUGCUGAAAUUGACGCUUUCUUUACUCGUCUUAGUACUCCAAAGCACAUCAAUGGGAAAGUUUCAAAAGAGAAAAAAAUCGGAGCCGGUAUUCAACAAAUGAGUAUAGCACAACGACGCAGUGGUGAAGCAACGAAAGGAUUACGUGUGAACGUUGUUCGUACGCGAAGUAAUUCUAGUGUGCGUUCUGGGACUCGUCCUUAA